AUGUCGAACCGUGCCGAAAGAAUUGCAGAAGAUGAUUAUGAGAGGAAGAAUGAUGCUUCGCCUGUGACCGGAACUUUCACAGAUAACUCAUAUAAAGAGAAUCGCUCAAACCUGAAAGGUCAGGUUCCCGUCCAGGGAGACAAUGAGCGAUAUGAAGAUCCCAUUCAACCUCCAUACUCUAAUUCUGAUCAGCAGCUUGAGGAGGACGAAAACGAGGCAAUCGAUAAGUCCAACAUCUUGAGGGGAGACCGCCUCCGCCAUGCAAAGCCUCAAACAUCCAACAAGUACAAUGAGGGACCAGAGGAGGAUGAUUUGCCGGCCGAAGAAUGA